AUUUUAUCCAGGAUAGCAUCAUUUUUUAAUGGAUCUGAUUUAUAUUUCCUCUCCCGGUUCAUUUGUUGUGGACGUCAAAUAUAUUUUCGAUGACUAGGAAAAUGUCAAAGUCCCAACUUUGUUAAAUGUGGCAUAGGCAAGGCCAAAUUAAAUUUGUCAAACCUUUCACCUUUAAGAAUUUUGUAGAAUGCAUUAAAUCUCUAUCAACAUUUAUCAGAACAUUUACGUCUUCAAUCUUCUUUGAAGAAUUAAAAUUUUCAAAAUUAAGUUUUACCAUUGUGCGUUGUGUGCGACAUCAGUUGAGGUUAAGGCAUUACUUUGCCUUAGAAUGGCAACGAAUGAAUCCUCAGCAAAGACAAGUAAUGCAGGAGACAACGAACUGAAAAAUGUCUCUUCCCCGGGACUAUACUACAUGAUACAAAUUGAUGAUGGGAGCCGGCUAGGUUCCUGUCAUGAAAAAGAUUUAGUGGCGCAUGCUGAUAGUGUUCCUCUUGAAGACUCUUUGCAACCAGGAGACCUAUUGGACAAUGAUCCAGAAAUUGAAUUAGAGGUGGAAGUCGAAGCAGGAAGUAGCACUGAACUAGAUCCUGGCCCUUCAGUGUUAGAUAAUUUUAACAGAGACUGUGAACAAGAUAAUAUUGAAGAGAGUGAUAGUAAUCUUCCUGAAUCUAGCUCAUCGGGUCCAGAGGAUGCUGCAAGGGAAGCAGGUAUUCAUGCAGAUCAGAUAGAUAGUGCAGAUGGGGAAGAGUGGACUUUAUGCAGGAGUACAGUGCAGCAUAUUAGUGAAUCAGCAGAUAAUAUACCUGAAAACAAUGAUGAUGCUGAUGGUGAUGGGGACUUAGACAGCAGUAGUGAAUAUGAUCCAGAAGAAAGCAGCGAGGCCAAGUUAAGGGUAUUUGGGGACCAGGGAAGUGGAUCCUCAACUCAAGAGACUGAUUUAAGUCCUAUUGCCAGUUGUUCCAGCCAACCAUCGCCACCAAGGCAUAAACGUAAGCUAGAAAGUCAAGGAGAUGUUCAAAAUAGGUUUCCUUGUAAGAAAAUUAAUCCUGAAGAUAAGACUGCAAUUAGUUCAAGCAAUUUAACAAAUGAUGAUGAUGGUUGUCCUUCAUCAUCUAAAUCUCACAGUGUAGCUCCCACCAAAGACCCUGCUCCACCAGAUAUGAAAGAAUGGCUUCAAAAGUUUGAGCACUGGCGGAAUUCAGAGAGGCUCAUGGCUAUUGACCGACUAAUUGAAUCGUGUGAGCCAAUGCAGGUUAGGCAUAUGUUGGAAGUAAUUGAACCACAAUUUCAACGAGAUUUCAUAUCCUUGUUACCAAAAGAGUUGGCUUUGUAUGUACUGAGCUUCCUUGAACCCAAAGAUCUCUUACGUGCUGCUCAAACCUGCCGAAAUUGGCGGUUCCUGGCUGACGAUAAUCUUUUGUGGAGAGAGAAGUGUCGAGCAGAGGGCAUCAAAGAGCUCCGUGAGGCAAGUCAGCGGCGCAAGAAAAUUGGGAUCAAUAUUUCACCAUGGAAAGCUGAGUACAUGCGUCAACAUGCAAUUGAGAUGAACUGGAGAACAAAACCGAUUCGGACCCCCAAAGAAUUAAAGGGCCAUGAUGACCACGUAAUUACUUGCCUUCAGUUCUCGGGCAACCGAAUUGUUAGUGGCUCUGAUGACAAUACUCUAAAAGUUUGGUCUCUUACUACAGGAAGGUGUGUGAGGACUCUUGUUGGCCAUACUGGUGGCGUGUGGUCUUCUCAGAUGUCUGGAAACAUCAUCAUCUCGGGAAGCACCGACCGAACACUGAAAGUGUGGGAUGCUGACUCAGGAUGUUGCCUUCAUACACUAUACGGCCAUACCUCAACAGUGAGGUGCAUGCACCUUCAUGGCAAAAAGGUAGUGAGUGGUUCUCGAGAUGCAACACUACGUGUUUGGGAUAUUGAAGCUGGAGAAUGCCUGCACAUGCUUGUAGGGCAUAUGGCUGCUGUCCGGUGUGUUCAAUAUGAUGGACGGCUUGUUGUCAGUGGUGCCUAUGAUCAUAUGGUUAAAGUCUGGGAUCCUGAAAGGGAAGAGUGUCUGUACACAUUAGAGGGUCAUACAAACAGGGUGUAUUCAUUACAGUUCGAUGGGGUUCAUGUAGUCAGUGGAUCACUGGAUACAAGUAUAAGAGUGUGGGAAGUUGAAACAGGUGCCUGCAGACACACCUUGAUGGGCCAUCAGUCUUUAACAUCUGGAAUGGAGUUGCGGAAUAAUAUACUUGUGUCUGGUAAUGCUGAUUCCACUGUUAAAGUAUGGGACAUUGUCAGUGGGCAAUGCCUUCAAACUCUAUCAGGUCCUAAUAAACAUCAGUCUGCUGUUACCUGCCUUCAGUUCAAUAGCCGUUUUGUAAUUACCUCAUCAGAUGAUGGCACAGUGAAACUCUGGGAUGUUAAGACUGGUGAAUUUGUUCGUAACCUAGUGGCAUUGGAAAGUGGUGGAGCUGGGGGAGUCGUCUGGCGAAUCCGAGCAAGUGAAACUAAGCUAGUUUGUGCGGUAGGAAGCCGCAAUGGGACUGAAGAAACAAAAGUUUUAGUUUUAGAUUUUGAUGUUGAACCUCCACGAUCCUGAGGACUACCUCCUAAUUGUUCUAGUUUUUAUAAUGCUGUCUUCGAAGAAGAGUACUGGACAGUUUAUGCUAAGCUGGAACAAUUGACUCUUUUAACCACUGAAGCAUUAGUUACUUUUUCUCAUUUUAGAAGUAUGCUCUCAGUUUGGUGCAGCACAGUUCCUACAUGCCUAUGAAUGUUCUGCUUCUUCAUUGUUGUUCAUGAUCCUUAUGUACUUGUGAAGUAUUCUUUUGUUAGGCAUUAUUCCAAAGACCCUAAAAAAAUUAUAAACAAGAAAUCCCUCACUUUAGCAAAAUUCUUCUUGUUAUUUUCUUGUGCAUCGUAACUGCAUUAUAAUCCAAUACCACUUAAGAUCAAAUGUGCAGAAGGAGGAUCUUAUAGCAUGAUAUUUCUAUCAGUGAUGUUAAGCAUCUUCCUUGCUAUCAACAAAUGGUUGUCUUUAGGUUGUUUUGAUGGUUUUAAUUUAAUCAUGGGUGUGCUAGGCUUGUGAAUGCUAUGUUAUCCCCAGCUCUAGUCGGAUGUGGGCCAGGAUGCUUUAUUUUUUUUUCACCAUGUACUAUUUUAGUUGGGACUGACUACUGUACCACUCUGAAUGGUUGGUUAAUUAUUAUUUUUAAUAUUCCAUAAUGAGGGUGAUAAGAAGACUCCAGCUAGAAAGGAUUUGAAGGAUAUAUUUAUUUCUUUUCCCCUUGUUGUAAAGGGUUCCUCUUUUUCCAGCAGGGGUUUUAGGAGGUUUUGAAAAAACGUGUAAAGGGUAUACGCUUGUAUGAAAGCAAGAGAUUUUCUGCUUGAACACAUUCUUCUAGGAACUAUCCUGAGCUGGGCAAUGAAAUUUUAGCUCUUUCAGAUAAGUAUUAAAUUUUUGGAUAGUAUGUGGUUAUGAAAUAUGUGUGCUUUGUGCUCUAUGGGCAGUCCUACAAUAAGUAAAGAGUUGUUUCUUGUGAAACAUUUGUAAGUAUUAUUGCAAUCAAUAUUUUUGGGUUGCAGCUCAAUAGAAUGAUGAAAUUGUACCUAUGUGAUUUAUGAAACUAUUUUUCCCCUUUUGACGAAUAUUGCUAUUUGUCUGGAAAGCGUUUUUAUUACUUUACCUUAUUUUACAUAAAGUUCAUUCUGUUUCUCUGGUCUUUAUACUUUUCCUAAUUGAUGUUUGGAAUAGUACUGUGUUUCCCUGUAAUCUGCUGUUAGUGUAGAUUCUGAACAAUAUUCUUUAUAAAUUGUUGCUAAUACUGGAAUGAUCAAUCUUAUAUCAUUAUUAUGGAACUUUCUCUUAACCUCAAGAAAAAGCCAAUUUUAAACUGAUCCUUAGUUUUAAUGUGGCAACGUUGGAGUAUGAGUUACAUUUUAAAAACAAUUAAAAAAAAAAAAAAAACAACUUUACAACAGAGAACAACUAAAAGUCUGAACCGUGAGAUGAGUAUUCUUAUGCUGUGAUUUUGAGACCAUGAUGAUAAAAUCAGUCCAAAGGAGUGCCUCCAAUUUUGAGUGAGACACUUCUUUUGGAAUGUGGACUUAAAAUGAAAUGUGUUUUUUCUUUUUUUUUCCUUCAUAAAAGGUUUGGUGUUAUCAAACUGAAUCAUUUCAAAGUGUUUUUUUAUCAUUUUUUUUUUUUGUUAUUUCAUAGAAUGUGAUUACAAGGUAUCUCAUUAUCAUGACGAUUUGUUUUGAGAAGAAAAUACAUGCCAUUCAUUUCUUUUAGAAAUAUUUUGUGUUUGUUUUCAUGGAAAGCUUUUGUUUUAGGAUCCUUUGUUUCAGACCGUUUUAAUGCUUAUUUUAUGUUCUUUUCCUUUUCAAACUUGAAGCCAGCUAGGGUGGGUAUUAUUGUUAAACCAAGUUGCCAAAAAGUAAAAAAAAUGUUUUAAUGUAAAUCUUGGGCUCAGCUCAUUCUUAGUUCUAUUUUCAUGUUCGCUUUAUGGCGACACUCAUGGAUCAGAUUCUCUUAAGUUGAUGGGAAUUCAUCAGAAAUUGUUCACUGUCCACAGGAAUUGUUAACAAAAAUCCUUUGUACGUGAAAUAUUAAGAUAUUUGUAUUGUUAA